CUCCGCGCGCCCAGCCGGUGCCCGCGCGCCCAGCCCUGGCGCAGGUCUCAAUGCCCUGACUGCUCUUGGAGUCAAAGUAUGAGAAGAUUCCCAGGAUGUAAGGGAUUCGCAACUGAAUGAUGCUGCCCUUGGAGCAGUUACAGUUGUCUGUGCUGAAAUCAUUCUGAAAACUCCAACGCAGGACUUCAGCAUUCGCGGGAAGCCAAAGCCUUUGGACGGGGAAUAAAGCCAAAAGUCUUUUAUUCCAGAAAUUUCACUGCCUCUUCCCUUUCGCCUCCCUGCCCCUCAUCAUAAGCCAUUGCACCCAGACACGCAGCAUGGCGAGCAAGAGAAAAUCUACAACCCCAUGCAUGGUUCGGACAUCACAAGUAGUUGAACAAGAUGUAGCCGAGGAAGGAGAUAGGGCCAAAGAGAAAGGAAUCAGUGUGCCAGCGCCUGACACAGCGAAGGACAGUUGGGCAGGGGAACCGGAAAACUCUUCCAAAGAAAAUGAAGUGAUCGAGGUGAAAUCUACAGGGGAAACCCAAUCCAAAAAACUCCAAGGUGGUUAUGAAUGCAAAUACUGCCCUUACUCCACGCAAAACCUGAACGAGUUCACAGAACACGUUGACAUGCAGCACCCCAACGUGAUCCUCAACCCCCUCUACGUUUGUGCCGAAUGUAACUUCACAACCAAAAAGUACGACUCCUUGUCUGACCACAACUCCAAGUUCCACCCCGGGGAGACCAGCUUCAAGCUGAAGUUAAUCAAGCGCAAUAAUCAGACUGUCUUAGAGCAAUCGAUCGAAGCCACCAACCACAAUGUGUCUGUCACCCCCAGCGGCCCUGGAAGUGGUGAUGGUGAUCCUGGGAUCUCGGUGAGCAAAACCCCCAUCAUGAAGCCAGGGAAACCGAAAUCAGAUGCCAAGAAGGUGCCCAAGAAGCCCGAGGAGGCCACCCCCGAGAACCAUGUGGACGGGACUGCCCGCCUGGUGACAGACGCGGCUGAGAUCCUCUCCAGACUCGCGGGCGUAGAGCUCCUCCAGGACACACUGGGGCAUGUCAUGCCUUCUGUGCAGCUCCCACCAAAUAUCAACCUUGUCCCCAAGGUCCCCGUCCCUCUGAAUACUACCAAAUACAACUCUGCCCUGGACACAAAUGCCACCAUGAUCAACUCCUUCAACAAAUUUCCUUACCCCACCCAGGCUGAGCUGUCCUGGCUGACCGCAGCUUCCAAACACCCCGAAGAGCACAUCAGAAUCUGGUUUGCCACCCAGCGCUUAAAGCACGGCAUCAGCUGGUCCCCGGAGGAGGUGGAGGAGGCCCGGAAAAAGAUGUUCAAUGGCACUAUCCAGUCAGUCCCCCCGACGAUCACUGUGCUGCCCGCCCAGUUGGCCCCCACCAAGAUGUCACAGCCCGUCCUCCAGACAGCUCUGCCAUGCCAGAUCCUCGGCCAGACCAGCCUGGUGCUGACUCAGGUGACGAGCGGGUCAACCACCGUCUCUUGCUCCCCCAUCACGCUCGCCGUGGCUGGAAUGACCAACCAUGGCCAGAAGAGACCUUCAGGGACCCCUCAAGUGGCCCCUCCGGAGCCCAAGCGUCCACAUGUUGCACAGGUGCCAGAGGCCCCACCCAAGGUGGUUAACCCCCCCCUGCCCCCCAUCAGUGACCGCAAAAAGACAAAGGAGCAAAUAGCACAUCUCAAGGCGAGUUUUCUCCAGAGCCAGUUCCCUGACGACGCGGAGGUCUACCGGCUCAUUGAGGUGACGGGCCUGGCCAGGAGCGAAAUCAAGAAGUGGUUCAGUGAUCACCGGUAUCGCUGUCAGCGGGGCAUCGUGCACAUCACCAGCGAAUCCCUUGCCAAAGACCAGCUGGCCAUUGCCAAAGACCAGCACAGCCGCACAUACCACAUGUACCCAGACUUUGCCCCACAGAAGUUCAAAGGGAAAACACAGGGUCAGGUUAAAAUCCUGGAAGACAGCUUUUUGAAAAGCUCUUUUCCAACCCAGGCAGAACUGGAUCGGCUAAGGUUGGAAACCAAGCUGAGCCGGAGAGAGAUUGACUCCUGGUUCUCAGAGAGGAGGAAGCUUCGGGAUAGCAUGGAACAAGCUGUCUUGGAUUCCAUGGGAUCUGGCAAAAAGGGUCAAGAUCUGGUGGCCCCCAAUGGUGCUCUGUCUCGCCUGGACCAGCUGUCCAGCGCCCAGUUAGCCAGCUCUCUGCCCAGCCCUUCACCAGCAAUCACAAAAAGUCAAGAACAGGUUCACCUGCUGAGAAGCACAUUUGCCAGAACACAGUGGCCCACGCCCCAGGAGUAUGACCAGUUAGCAGCCAAGACUGGCCUGGUUCGAACUGAAAUUGUGCGUUGGUUCAAGGAGAACAGAUGCCUGCUAAAAACUGGAACCUUAAAAUGGAUGGAGCAGUACCAGCAGCAGCUCGUGGCAGAGGAUCACGGCUACGAUGCCCCCUCAAGGAAAGUGGCGAAAGCCGUGGUCACUGAGAGCCCAAAGAACGGGAAUGAUGUGGGUCAGCAAUAUUUCAAGGACCCCAAAAAGCUCGGUGAAAUGGACUCGGAGAAGUUGGUACCCAGGGCGAAAAGCAGCAACGAGCCAGCCCAGGAUAGCGUGCCCCCAAAGCCCUCGGAGGCCACCUCGGACAGGUCAGAGGGCAACAGCCGGGACGGCCAGGGCAGUGAGGAGAACGAGGAGUCGGGCGUGGUGGACUGGGUGGAGGUGACGGUCGGCGAGGAAGAUGCCGUCUCGGACAGGUCGGACAGCUGGAGUCAGACGGCAGCGGAAGGCACGGCGGACCUGGCCGACUCAGACUCCGACGGCGCCCCCACGGAGGCGGGCCAGGCCUAGACAGGGGCGUCCUCAGAACUGCUGUGCUGAUAAAGGGAGCACUCUGUCUUCGAAGAAAGAACAUCCCUCGCCACGGGCCACUGGGCCAGAGCCCUCCAGUGGAACCACUUAGCGCCUGUGCCUGCAGGGUGGGGACCCAGAGGACCGCGGGUAUCGGUCACAGUGCCAAAGUCCUACUACUGCAUUUUCAGUGGGUCCUUGUGAAUAGUUUGCUCCUCUGCUCAGGCCCCACCUCUUGCUCUACUGGAACCGAUUUGUACCAUGUGGGAAUUUUGUUACCUUUUUACGAGGGCACCUUCCUGCCCCAGCAUUACCACUGCAAGGGUUCCCCGGAGGGAGGGCUGACCACAUGUGCUUUUCUCUUUUCUCCUUUUUCUUUUUUCUUUUGAUUAAUUUGGGGGCGGGGGUGUUAGCAUUAGUGCCAUUAUAGCUACUGGAUCUGAGGUAGGGAGAGUUCGUGUUUAAAGGAGUCUGAAACGUGGGCAGUUUCUCCCUGGGGAGGGCUCCGGCUGGGGCAUCUGUCACGACUGGAAGAGGGUUUACACGUGACAGAUCUUCCAAAUCAAAUCCACUUCCGGUUCUUCCCUCAGCCGCCUGCGGGGGGGACCCCCAUUGUAGCCUGGAAAGGGGGAAGUCUUUUUUUUUUUUUUUAACUGGGCCUCUUGGGCAGGACCCUGGGCCCGGCCAGCCAGGGAGAACCAGUAUCAGGAGGCUGAACUCUCUAAACAUCUUUGAGAUGCCAGCGAAAGGGCUGCCACAUUUACUGGUGUGACCAGGACUUUUGUGAAAUAAAAACAAAAAGAUCUUCCUGUUUCAAUGGUACCAAGAUGAACAGCUUUGGGUUUCAUUUCUGUUCCUAACCGCCUUUUCUCAGUGUGAUAUUUGACAAGAUUGCAGCUUGAAGUCUCACCAUGAAUUGAUUUUUUUUUUUUUUUUGGGUUUGUGUGUUUGUUUUGGGCCAAUUUUAGAUUCCGAGUGCACUUUUUUUUUUUUUUUUUUUCAGUUAGACCUAACUUUUACAGAAGAUAAACCAAGAGACAUAUCUGGUGUCAUAUGAUGCAAUAUGAAUUGUGUUUGCAAACCUUCCUCUCCACCCCACCACCCCCACUUGAGUACACCGCACAAAUAAAAUGCUAGGGAGUUUGAAUAAAACAAACAAUUUUUCUAACUGGUUGCUCAUUUGUUGUAACUCAAUAAAGCAAAGACUAAACA